AUGAAGAGAAUAAUAGUUGACGUAGACGCUGGAACCGAUGAUUAUUUGGCACUAUUGCUGUUACUGAAAGCAGACCAGGAGCAACAUAUCAAAAUCGAAGCCAUAACUUGUUCAGCUGGCAACACUUCAUUAGAAAAUGUUAUCAACAACGUGGCGCGACUUCUACAGCUUGUAAGAAGGACAGAUAUCCCCGUGUUCAAAGGAAUCAAACACCAGCUGAUACUCUUCAACGAAGAUAUAAAGAAAUACCAUGGCGAAGAUGGUUUUGGGGAUAUGAACCUGGCCCCUCCAGACACGUCAUUUGUGAAAGAACAACCAGCUGCCUUGGCACUCUACGACAUGGUGAACAACAAUCCUGGUGAACUCACAGUUGUCGUUCUUGGACCUCUGACCAAUUUGGCUUUGGCCAUCAAAUUGUAUGAUGAUAUGGCUUCAAAGAUAAAAGAAGUUUGGAUAAUGGGAGGCAAUAUCACAGGAACAGGAAAUACGUCUUGCACUGCUGAAUUCAACUUUUAUCUGGACCCAGAAGCUGCCUAUAUUGUUCUGGAGUGUUUGAAAUGUCCAAUUUUCAUACUGCCUUGGGAAACAUGUUUACGGCAGCCUAUACCGUGGGAAUGGCGAAUAAAUGUAUUAGGUAACUCGACACCCGAGCUGGACUUGUUGACCCGAGCCGAAAAGAAGAUAUUAUCAUCAGAUAAUUGGGGAGCAUGGAUUUCGUGUGAUGCCAUCGUGGCAUUCUGCUUAUUGAAUCCCGAAAAAAAUAUUGUUAAGAAAACGAUUCACCAUGCCACUGUUGAACUACAUGGAUGUCUAACUAGAGGACAAGUUGUUUUGGAUCAUCUCAAGAACAAGAAGCCAAAUGUCACGAUCAUUGAAAGUUUUGAUGGCGAGUUAUUCCAGGAAGAGCUCUUGAAACUCCGAACAGCUUUAUGA